GCACCGUCUAUGAGAGGCAGAGGAAGUCGGCAUGACCGCAUGACUCACUGGUCGCUCGUGACUCUCCGGACCCAUAUCAGAGUCACAAGGUCCCAGGCUAUCCAGCUGCCUUCCCAGACGACGACGCAGCUAGAUAGACUCAAGAUUUUACUCAUGGCGCCCGCCAAGUUCGCCACCAUUCUCUUCGUCGCCGCCGUAGCCUGUGCCUUCGCCAUCACCUCCACCUCUGCAGCUACCGUCACAGCGCAGAGCUGCGCGGAGCAGAUCAAGUACUUCACCAACUGCCUGGCCCGUGACGAGAUCCGCCAGCAGUGCUGCAUCGUGGUCGAGAAUGCGAGCUGCCUCUGCCAGCUGAAGCAGGCGGUGGCCGUGCCCUGCAUCCCGCACCGCCGCCACGGGCACCGCUGCCCGAGGAACGUGGUUCCGCCGGCGGUGCAGAUGGCCGAGCUUCAGCGCCUCCCGUGCUUCAAGGGCCUCAAGUGCUUGCGAGCUUAGCAGCUAGAUCGUGCAUGCAUGUAUGCUUCAGUGCUUCGUGUCCUUGUUCGCUUGUUGCUACUGUUUUUUUCAAAUUCAGUACCUGCUGAACUUUGCAGUCUUCAUGUAGCCUUCUUUUCGAUCUUCGUUUGUCAGUGUCGCACUUCUUUGUUGUAUGAAUAAUGAUAUGUGUGUACUCGUGACUGUUCUUAAGGGGUAGAGCAUAACGAGUGAUUUUAUUUUGUCGA